UGAAUGCAAUUAAAACUCGACCCCAGUUUACAGUUUACAAUCCAUCUGAUUUGGAGUGAAGUUGGACUCAGUUCUCAGUGCGAUUUAACGCCUGACACUCACCUGCAGAUGAAACCCAUGUAGAGCAUUUGUAAUCUAUAAGUGAUUUCGUUUCCUGUUUGGAAAGGAAGGAGUGUGCAGCAGAUACAGUGUGGUAGCUGAGAGAGUGAUAGAGGUGGUAGGAAAGGAAGAAAAGGAAAAGAAAGGAAGAACGCAGGGUUAACAGAUGAUAUAUUAGUAGCAGGCUUGUGUUUUCAACCAGGAGAAUAUUCAUGUCGUCUGAUCCCUGCUUAUAGAUUUUUAUGUAUAUUUAUAUUUAUACAGUAUAUUAUAGAUUUAGGUUGGGCUAGGGUUGCUCGCUAGCUCCAUGAAAUGAUUCGCCUUCAUGUCAUCUAAAACGUAGGUACGCGUACUUUUUGUUUGAAAAAGAAGCAGCGGGGCAGGGCCUCAGACCGCGGUGUAGAGUUCAUCCCGGAUCCGUGAUUCGAACUCCUGUGUGUCCCUGACCAUGGGCGACAACAGAGAUUCUCGCAGUCCAGACAGCUCUUCUGUUUCAUCACCGCCUUCAGGGAAACAAUCACCUGCACUGGUUCUCUCAGCAGCUGCGAUGACCUCAUUGCCACCUGUUACUUCGGCAGUCAGCAGUCCGAUUAGCAGCAUGGGAUCACCCUUGUCUGUCAUCAGCUCUUCUCUAGGUUCCCCUUGCCUCCCCGGGACGCCAUCAGUGGGCUACGGCCCUAUUAACAGUCCACAGAUCAACUCUACAGUGUCCAUGUCUGGCCUGCAUGCCGUCAGCAGUUCAGACGACGUGAAGCCACCAUUUGGCCUGAAACCGCUUUUAGGCCACACCCCUGGACCCACACUCUCCCACAAACGUCUCUGUGCGAUUUGUGGCGAUCGCUCUUCUGGGAAGCACUAUGGCGUUUACAGCUGCGAGGGAUGUAAAGGGUUUUUCAAGCGCACUGUGAGGAAAGAUUUGAGCUACACCUGCAGAGACAACAAGGACUGUAUGGUGGACAAGCGCCAGAGGAACCGCUGCCAGUACUGCCGCUACCAGAAGUGUCUAGCCAUGGGCAUGAAGAGAGAAGCUGUUCAGGAGGAACGUCAAAGAAACAAAGAGCGAGAAGGAGAAGUGGAGUCCACCAGUGCAGUGAAUGAAGAAAUGCCGGUGGAGAAGAUCCUGGAUGCCGAAAUGGCUGUGGAACAGAAGAUCGAGCUGCAUUCUGAUGGAAGUUCAGGCACCAGCUCUGAAAACGAUCCAGUAACGAACAUCUGCCAGGCAGCUGAUAAACAGCUCUUCACUUUGGUGGAGUGGGCCAAGAGAAUCCCACACUUCUCCGAACUGGCUCUUGACGAUCAAGUCAUCCUUUUACGUGCAGGUUGGAAUGAGCUGCUGAUUGCCUCGUUCUCUCAUCGCUCCAUCAGUGUGAAGGAUGGCAUCUUGCUGGCCACUGGACUCCAUGUCCACCGGAACAGUGCACACAGCGCAGGAGUGGGAGCCAUUUUCGAUAGGGAGAGUGCGCACAAUGCAGAGGUUGGGGCCAUAUUUGACAGGGUCCUGACUGAAUUAGUGAGUAAGAUGAGAGAUAUGCAGAUGGACAAGACAGAGCUGGGGUGUCUAAGAGCCAUCAUCCUGUUUAACCCAGACGCGAAGGGACUUUCAAACCCAAGUGAAGUGGAGUUACUGAGAGAGAAGGUCUAUGCUGCACUAGAAGCUUAUUGUAAACAGAGAUAUCCUGACCAGCAGGGCAGGUUUGCCAAGCUCCUCCUACGACUGCCAGCAUUACGCUCCAUUGGAUUAAAAUGCCUGGAACACCUGUUCUUCUUCAAGCUGAUCGGGGAUACCCCAAUCGACACGUUCCUCAUGGAGAUGCUUGAGGCCCCUCAUCAACUUACCUGAUCUGGACCACUUUCUAGCCAGUUCUGUCUGGUUUUGCACCAGGGUGUACCGGUAGCCUGGACAUCGAGGCUUCACUGUGUCUGUUCAAUCUCCUGCUUACUCACACCUUCUUUUAUUAACCCUUUUCCCUUCCCCCCCACAUCGUCACCUGUGCUAGUAUUGCGCCAAAAAAAAAAAAAGACUUUCAUCUCUCCACAAACGACCGCGAGGGGCAUACAUGGAUAUUUUACCUACGUUCAGGGACAAGUUCAAGAGAUAAUCGUAUUUUGCAAACAAGGCUUUCCAAGAUUGUUUUCACUUCGUUUUUGGAGCCUUUGUAUCGAUAAUGGUGCUCAGCAUUGUUUGUUUUUAAAUCUACUUCAAGAAAAACACAGCUGGUACGUUUCUUUCUCAAAUAUAGCUCAAACGAGCCGAAUGCACAUCUCCCACAACUAGGAAGUCAGGUUUUAUCAUUUGAGGUAAACUGGUAAAAAAAAAAAUGGCGGUCGAACCUGAUGAUCAAUAAAAUCUGCCUAAUGUAAAAACCUGAUCCCUUGAGGGGGAAAACUUUCUUUCUGUAGCAGUUUCUUUUUUUUCUUCAUCUCCAAGUACAUUUAAAUGAAUCUGCAAUCAUGGAGUAGUCCUGGAAGACCUGACACAAAGUAAUAAUUACUGUAUUACUGCAUGUGGAACUGAUUGUACAUAACCUUUGCAUAGGCUAGUCCUCGUCAGCAGAGUUCAAAGAUGAUCCAAUAAUCAACAGAAUUUGCUCAACACUGGUAAAUAAAUAAAAUCUGGGGAAUAAAUCUUUAAUUUUUUACACCGA